AGCUUGGGUUCUCGGGGGCCCUUCUGCAAUGUCGCGCGCGCCCAGCGCCAGCUCCACGCGGCCGAGGCGCCGCAGCUCGUCCGUGUGCCUCAGGAGCCCUCUGCCGAGCCCUCUGCCAAGCAGACGCCAGAGCUCGGCAUUGGAGGAGUAUCCUCAGACAGCGGUCACGCGUGCCAUCUACCACCAUGCGCGCGAGUUUCUGGCCAAGGCCGGCGGGGCAGCUCCGCAGAAGCGAGGCUAUUUAGCCAUGGCGGCGGUGCGCCGAGCCGCGCGCGCCGUGAUCAUAGAAAGCACCGUGGUGCAAGUUGUGAUCCGAUGCGUGGAACGGAGGAAGCAGCUACAAGCCAAGGAAGCCGACGAGAAGUGGAAGAUGUGCGAUGCCAAGCUUCUCUUCGGUGGGCAAAUGGGCAUUGAGUCCGCACGAAGAAUCUCCCAGCUGCUGGGGGACAUGCUGGCCGGCUUCGAAGGCUCCGACGACGUCCGCAGCCGCUUCUUGAACGUCGCCAGCACCUUCGACGCCUCGGAGACCUCCCUGAAGCAGCUGGAGGCCUCCUUCGUGGAGAACCUGGACGGCCUGCAGGCCAUGCGCGAGAACUUCGACCGAUGCACGGAGGAGGUCAUCCGCCUGGUCAGCCUCCUGGAGGGCGAUUGCAACAACAUGCGCCUGCAGCUCCACCGGACCCUGCGCAGCCCCCGGGCGCGCAUGAACCGCAACCUCUUUGGCCUCGAGCAGCUGGGGAAGAGCCGGAUCCUGAACCGCGAGCCGAGCUCAGAGCCGGACCACAUCAGCCACCUUCUCAGCACCUUGGAGCGCGACCUCUGCGACAUGCCCCUGGAAGCUGUGGUCCAAGUGGCCCAAGAUGUCAACGACCACAUUGUGAAGCAGCUUGCAGACAGCGGCAAGUUGGAAGUCUCACCUAGGGCUUUGCCAAUGGAUGAGCUUGCUGUGGGCAAGGCUCCGUCAAUAGUCGUGGAGCAGAUGUUUGAGACCUUGAAGCCAUUCAUAUUUGAGGAGAGAGACAAUGACCAGGCAGGGAAAGGAGUGAGAAGACCAUCUAGGGAACCAAUGGGGGAUGCGCCUGGGCAGGGUUCAGCACCGUCCAAGGGCAAGACAGUGACCGGCAGAGAAGCUCGGGCAGACCCUGCGAUAGCCAUGUCGCCUACCAGCCCCAUCCGACCUCCGGUGGAUAUUUCCUUCGCCUGUGCGCAGCUGGCGCACAACAACGCGCUCUCUAGAGAGCCUUUGGCACCUUUGGACUUGGGCAAGAAGAUCGACAGCUCAACGACUGGCGGUGCCAGUGCGGCCGGUACUUCCAGCCUGCCCUUGGCAUCAGAUAGUGGUGCAUUCUCGGGUCUUCAGCGCCAGAGGCUGAAGCCGGUCGGCGAGGCAGCAUCGACCAGAGGUGCAUCCGAGGCAAGAGGCAGCACUGGCGGCAUUCCGGAGCUGCCAGGCUACGUUGGGGAGCAGGGGCGCGAGGGAAAUAUCACACAUGCCGGGCAUGGGCAGGCAGGUCAGGAGCAUGGGGGCCAUGCUUCCUCACCAAGCCGUGCUGUCUUCGGCUCCCCGGAGCAUGGCGACCAUGUGCCGCUGGGCAAAGCAGGUCAUGAAGCGGCGAGCCUGUCGCCCGAACAUGCGGGUGGUGACAAGGUGCUACACCAAUCCAGGUCCAUUUUAGGCGGGGUCGCAGAAAGCCGUUCCAGCCAACCCAAUGAGAGAAGACUCAACGCGGAUGUCGUUCUCGAAAGGCAGGGAGAGCAUCACCACACAAGUGGUCAAUCUGGAGAGAUGCACUCGGCGUACAACAUGCCGGAGCACAUGCCAACUCAAGAGCCUGGUAGCCUGCCCACAGCGGCUGAUCCUUCAGAAUUAUCAACCCAUUUCGGUUCUCCCUCACUGGGAAAGGGCAGGUCCAGUGCUGAAAAGAGUAGUGACAAGCUACCUCAGCUCCACCCCAGCCGGCCAGGCACAGCGGACAGCCACUUGAGCCCAACCAGCAACAUCAGCCACCCUAGUCACGCAAGUCACGCGAGUUACGGCCACGGCCACGUGAGCCACGUGAGCCACCUGAGCCACAGCCACGCGAGCCGAGAGACACAGGCCAAGCAGCAGUCGCGAGGCGGGUCAAAGGAGGAACCUUCAAGUUCAAGGAGGCGACCCGCACGGAGUCCUGUUCCAAGCGAGGGUGAGUUCUCACGCUUUCUGGCAGUGGACAAAGGUUACGAGGAGCAGAUGUCCGUUGGCCCCUUCAUGGGUUCCCCACUGCUGGUGAGGAAGUCAAAGAUAGCAGAGCGACCCAGAAGGCAGACCUUGUUUGGGAAUGCUUCGGAGCCCGCGUUGCUCAAGCAGCAUGCAGAGACUCUUCGGCGUCCACGGGGUUUGCCAGCUCCAACGUUUGGACCUGCUUCGGGGCUACCUUCGGCGAUGGGACACAGUCAUUCGGCAAACUUGUCGAUGCUGCGUGUACGGCCUGCAUCGUUGGAUGCAGAUCAUCGUUUUCAACAUGGAAAACGAGAUGCGCUACCGACUUUGGGCGUGGAUGGAAUUCAGGCCAGUCAGGCUCCAAUGCAUCGCAAGGCAUCACCGGCGCGAUCGUUGGAGAGUGCAAGUGAAGCUCCAGAGCAUGAGCUUUUGCGUUGACCACUUUGCCUCGACAAGAAGGCUACGACCAGUGUGGUCAGAUAUUUGCCGAAUGGCAUUUCCCGCAAGCUCAUCUGUGUUCAUUUGCAAUGCAGUGAGUUUUGGGUGGGGGAGCCGGCUCAAACGCUUUUUGACUGGCACUCUGCCACAUACACGAUUGCCAAGCGAAGCAAACACACGAGACGAUUUGUGAUGGUG